AUGAGUAGUCCUAAAACAUAAAACUAAUCACCAGUCCAAAAAGCUAAUCAUUUAAUUAUUAGCACAUCUGGAGAGUUAGAAGACUUAAGAAGUGAGGAAGAUGUUUUUGGUGGAAAAGAGAAGAAGCCCGAAGUUAUCGAACCGGUUUAGAAUGCUCUAUUUUAAGCUAUUAAUCCUUUUCUGCAAACUAAAGUCGUAGCUGAGCUUAUUUUGUCUAUACAACCAGAUAAAUGGUACAAUAUUCCUGUAACUAAAUAAACAAACGACAGGCAAAAGAAGAAUAAUGCAAAUGUCAAGAAGAUGGAUAAAGCGAUAAUUGAUAUAGAGGAGCAGCAUUAAAGACAUAUUGAUCAACUAUAAAGAACAUUGACUGAAAAAAUGCUAAGAAUCAGUAAUGAUGUCACUUACAAGGUAGAACUCUGUGAGGCAAGAUUUGAAGAGUUGCAUUAGAAAGUGUAAAGAGAUAGAGAAUUUAUUGAUACUAAACUAAGCAGGAUUGAUGAUACAGCUAUAGUAAAAAAGUGGGUUGAAAAUAAAUUUGGGGAGUCAAAUUAUGAACUCAAUCAUAGAAUAGAUCUGAUUGAAUCACAUUUCAAUAAAUUAUUAGACAAAGUAUUUAACGAUAAUCUGUUAGUUCCCGGUAUGAUAGGUAAUGGUCAAGGCUAUCCUAAUUUAAAGGAAUACUUGAUAGAGUAGCAUUCAAUAUUACACCAAAAGUUAAAGCACUUAGAUGAUAAAUCAGAUUAAAUCGUGAGUAUUUCACUUGACAAUGUCAAAACUAAGCUGUAAAAAGAUAUAUAGAAACUAAAAAAAACUUUCUAAAUGUAACUUGAAGGUGUAACUUAGACAUAAUUGUCAACUCUCAAAGAUAACAUUGGAGAUUAUCAAACUUAAAACGAAGCUAUUCAUUAAAACAUUGAUAAAGUUGAAGAAAAACUAUAGCAAUAGAUAAUUGAAUAUUAAGUUUAAUUAGACCUGCUAACAAAAAAACUGGAUACUAGUGAUAACAAUCAAUACUUAAUUGAACUAAAGAAAAAUCUUGUUGAAGUUAAAGAUUAGUUAGUUGAAAGUGUGAAAUAGUUAGAAACAUAAGUAAAGGCUAAAAUAUAAGAGAUAAACAAUGAGAGGAAGGACUUUGAGAUCAAAACUAAAAAAUAGCUGGACUUACUGAAUAAAAAUGUAGGUUCUUCAAUUACUAAUAGUAAUAGUCCUAACAGUAACACUAAUAUUAAAUUGACUAAGAGAAAUAGUAAUUUUGGAGGAGGAGCACUAGAGAACAUUAAAGAUGAAGAAGCAAGUGGUGUUCUUAAUAUUUAGAUGCAGAGCAAUAAUGUUAUGAAAUCUCCUAAAUCGAAAUUGACAGCAAAUUAAAUCAAUCAAAAUAGUGAUAAAAUUUCUCCAUUUUAAAGUAAGACGAAACAGUAACAAUAAAAUGAACCCCCUAAGUCACCCAGAGGUAAUUAAGAUUCUAGAUUAUCUAAAAAUACAGCCGGUUUACCAUAAGAUUAUUAAAAAGAAAUUGAAAAAUUGAUAGACGUCAAAUUAACAUAAUUUAAGACUUAGUAUUAGAGAAGUUUCAAUGAUUCCUCAAGUCUAAGGGAAGGAUAAAAUUUUAGGAUUGGAAAUGGUGGAAGCUCAAGCAAUAAUAAUCAUUUUAAAAAUAGUGAUAAAAAUAGUAUGAUUAGUGGCGGAACAACAAGAAAUGGGCCAUCUUAACUUAGAAAAAAUUUACUCUAAACCUAGCAAAAUUUCUCUAAUCACAUUAAAUAUUACGACACUAAAGAUAGCUAGCAUUCCUAUGAAACUUAAAGACUUAGAAAUUAUAAUAGCGAUGGAAAAGAGAUUCUAGUUGGUGGUGAAAACUCUAUGCAUGCUGAUGAAAGCUAAGCUGAAUUCUAAGUCAGUCCAUAGCAUCUUACUUAGGACCGAAUAGCCUUUAUAAAUUUUAAGUAAUAAUACAAAGAUCAUCAAGGCUUAAGAGAUCUUAUAUAGACAUCGCAAGAUACUAUUAAUCUUCAAGAAAAUCCUUCCAGAAUGUCCAAGGAAGAGAUGCGACCUAGAUCAAAGAAUAGAGAGUAAUUCUUAAAGUUCGCUUAAAAUACUGUAAGAGCUUUCUAAAAGUAUGAACAUGAUAUGAAGAAUUCAUUUAAAAUUCCACCAAUAUUAAAUAAUAAAGCAGCAAGACUAAAUACAAUUGAGAGAACAUUCACAGCUUAAGUGGGAGAUGAUUCUAUUAGAAAUGCUCAUAACUUGACUACUGUAAGAGACAAUGAAUUGUCUAGAAGUUUAAAUAAUGGGCAUGCCUAAUUUGGAAAUCUAUCACUGAGCAAAGCAAUAAGAAAAACUAACUUGACUAUUAACUAACCAAUGCCACUUGCAGUUAAAUUUGAAAGUAUAAAUGAUAAAUUUGAUCACUGA